AAGAAAACUUAUCAUGGAUCAUCCUCGAAAAUCCACAAAAACCUAUGUUACCAUGACGAAAAUCUGGGUUGUGAUCGUACUUGCAUUGGUGAGCUUAGUCACUGUGGAUGCCAUGAAUCCGCGUCUAAGUUCGAACUCUCUAGAAUUUCAGGCAAUUAAUUGUCGGAAACACUCGGCGUUGUUGACGGAGUUUGGCGGCGUUGGCGAUGGAGUAACUUCAAACACUCACGCGUUCCGGCAAGCGAUUGAACAUCUCAGCACUUUGGCGGCCGAUGGUGGUGCUCAAUUGGUUGUGCCGCCGGGGAAAUGGCUGACUGGAAGUUUUAAUCUUACCAGCCAUUUCACACUAUUUAUCGAUAAAGAAGCUACAAUUCUUGCAUCUCAGAAUGAAUCGGAAUGGCCACUUGUGAAUGUUCUCCCAUCUUAUGGGAGGGGAAGAGAUGCUCCCGGUGGACGAUACUGCAGUUUAAUCUUUGGAACUAAUCUGACUGAUGUUGUUAUCACAGGUAACAAUGGUACGAUGGACGGACAAGGAUCUUAUUGGUGGGAAAAGUUUCACAAAGGGGAGCUCAAAGUAACACGCCCGUACAUGAUCGAGAUCAUGUACUCUGAUCAAAUCCAGAUCUCAGAUCUCACUUUGAUCAACUCACCUUCUUGGUUCGUUCAUCCUAUCUAUAGCAGCAAUGUGAUUAUCCAAGGGCUUACCAUCCUGGCUCCCGUCACUGUACCCAACACCGACGGAAUCGAUCCAGAUUCAUGUUCCAACAUUCGAAUUGAAGACUGCUACAUCGUCUCCGGUGAUGAUUGCAUCGCCAUCAAAAGUGGAUGGGAUGAAUACGGUAUCAAAUUCGGAAUGCCGACCGAGGACCUCGUCGUUCGUCGUCUCACUUGCAUCUCACCAGAUUCUGCAGGUAUUGCCCUUGGUAGUGAAAUGUCCGGCGGAAUCAGCAACGUCAGGAUCGAAAACGUCACUGCAAUCAACACAGAGUCCGCCGUCAGAAUUAAAACCGCUCGUGGACGAGGUGGUUAUGUCAAAGACAUUUUCGUUCGAGGAAUGUUUCUAUCCACGAUGAAAUACGUCUUUUGGAUGACUGGAGACUACAAAUCGCAUGCGGAUGACAAGUUCGAUCCCUCGGCAUUGCCAGUGAUUAAGAACAUCAAUUACAUAGACGUGGUGGCCGAAAAUGUUACUAUGUCGGCAAAGUUGGCGGGGAUUUCGGGAGAUCCAUUCACGGAUAUUUGUGUUUCGAAUGUGAAGAUUGGAUUGUCGAAGAAGCCUAAAAAGUUACAGUGGAACUGUACGGAUGUUGAGGGAUUUAGUAGCGAUGUGGAUCCGCCUCCAUGUGCUCCAUUGGCUAAGUCAGCAAAAAGCGGUGGAUGUGACUUUCCUGAGGAUAAGCUGCCAAUUGAGAAUGUCCAAUUGAAGUCAUGUUCGGUUGAAAUUCCUGCCUUUUAGGAGAGACUUCAUUUUUUUUUCUUUCUAUAAUUCUAUGGAAUAAAUGGUAA